CAAAAAUGGUGGAAAAGUGGAGAAACGAUCGCUCCACCCCAUUUUCCAUUCUUCUCCAUUUCCUAUAAAAAGGCCAUCACAAUCCCAUCCUGAAAGAACCCAGUAGAUACACAAACAAGAGAAGAACCAAAUCAAGAGGCAAAAAACCCCAGAAAAAAAAGAAAAAAAACUACCAAAAAAACAAAAAAAAUGGCAAAGGCCGCUAUUCUCGUGUCUGCUCUCUGCUUCUUGGCCAUUGCCACCUUUGCUCAUGCCCAGCAGAAGGUUUAUAAUACCUAUGGUGGGGUCUACUGUGAUCCAUGCAACGUUGAAUUCCACACCCGUCUCAGUUACCCUAUCCCUGGUGCCAGGGUACAAGUUCAAUGCAGGAAUAGGGACACCAACGCAGUGACCGUCACCAAGGAAGGAUGGACCAACAACGACGGAGGCUAUAGCAUCGAUGUGAUCGGGGACCACGAAGAGGAGAUCUGCGAGGUCUCGGCAUUGAGCAGCCCAGAUGCCAAAUGCAAUGUGCCAUUCACCAAUGCCGAUAAGGCCAGAGUGUUGUUGACCGAAAACAGUGGUGUACAGGGAACUUCUCGCUAUGCUAAUCCCAUUGGGUUCAAGACCACCACUCCUGAUGCUGGCUGCAAGGAUGUCCUUGCUGAAUUGGGCAUGACCGUUUAAACAAGUUCAUUCCUUUUUUUCUGAAGAUGCUUGGAAGACAAAAAAUAAAAUAAAAUAAAUUGGAUUUUUUUUAGUUUUUUUUUUUAAUGAGAAAAGAGUUUAUCCCCAAAAAUGAAAAAAGAGAUUUGGUGAUCAUAUAUCAAAUUAAAAGCGCUGUGUGCUUUUUGCCUUAGGGAUGAUGAUCAAUAAUGUUUUUAUGCGUUAUGUUUGGGCUUCUCCUGUUUGUGUAUUUCUCUCAACUUCAUUCUUACAUUUGACUUAGCGAGAAGUUCAUCAAUCACCAUCAAAGAAAUAAAAUGAUGUUAUUAUUGUGAGAAAUCUUUUUUCGUCAAUUCUUUCUCGAUUCUUGUUGUAGUUACGAUUGAUUUGUUUUCUCAAAUCUAUGGAUUCUCAUCAUUGUUCCAUUUCUUCAAAUAUUUAAGUUUUUCUUUUUUCUUUACACACUUGAAUAAAAGUCUGAGUUUCUAAGAAAUUAGAGGAAAUUAUUCAGCCCAAAUGAGAUCCUGACCGCUCAAGUGCCUCCAUCUGACAGUCUAAAUCAAUUUGACGGACGUCAUGACAUCAACAACUUAUGAAGAGACAUAGUUGUAAAUCCAUAAUUCAAUAUUUAUUUUACUCCCUUAUUUUAAAAUCCCCCGAACUCAAAAUAACUACGUUUUGGGUCAUUUUUAAAAUUCCCUCGAACCCAAAACGACGUCAUUUUGAGACUACUAUUUUAAAACCCCCGAAUGUAAAAAGAUGUGUUUACUCCCUUUGUUUGUUUUAUUUUUUGGAUGGUUUUUUCAUAAUAAUAAAAUAUUAACUGUCUCAUCCCAACAUAUUUUUUUUACAUUUCCAAUGCACCUUUUUACAUUUCUAAUAGAAAAAACACCUAAAAACACA